AUGGCACCCAGAAAGAAGAAUGCACCAAAGAAGGAGUUGACCGCAGAAGAUAUGCGGCGUCUUGGGAUGUCGGAGGAAGAUAUCACCCGCAUUUUGGCCGAGCGCGGCAAGUCAGCCGAGGAGCGACGGCAAGAACAAGAAGCCGCUGAGGCGCGACGCCGCGAGACGGAACAGCGCCAAAAGCGUAUGAAGGAGCUGGAGAAACAGAAGGAGGAACUUGUGCGUCUGGAAGGAGGCCCACGUGUUGCCAUUCGUGACGAGGAGGAUACGGAGUGGGAGCAGCUGGAAGAGACACUGACGGUGGAAAAGAAACGGCGGCUGCGGGAGUGUGCAGAGAAGAUGGUGCAGCAACGCUUUGCAGAGGCGCGUCGCAAGCGCGAAGCGGAAGCAGCGGCGUAUCAAGAGACUCUCGGCCACCUCACACCGGAGGAGCGGGAGGCCUUCGUCGCAGCGCAGAUCGCGGCGGAACACGCCCGCUCCGAGGCAGAGAUGCAGGCGAAGGAACAGCAGCAAAAACGUGAGGAGCGACGACUUGCACGGGAGCGGGCGGCACGGAGGGCGCAGCGACAGCGACGAAGACAGGACGGAGAAGAGGACGUGGAUGAAGAAGAUGCGGAUGAUAUUGCCACGUUUGGCGGUGGCGCGAAGGCUUCUUACGAACGAAUAAAAUCAAUCGAUGAACUUUCUGCCGACCUUCAUGACAAAUACGACUAA